AUGGACGCCAUUAUAUCGAAUUUUUGUCAAACUUGUUUAAGUAACGAACGCCUCCUGUAUCCAGCACAUAAAUUAUCGUUUAAUUUGUACAAUCUGGGCAUAUGUUUAAAGAUUGACGACGACAGUGGCGUAUGUUGGGAGUGCAAGGCUACCAUUAUGAAGUUUUUGAGAUUCAAGGCGCAAGUGCUUGAGGCACAAAAGGCUUUAGCGCAAAUUAUUAAGUAUGAACAAUUGAAAAGCCUUAGUCAAUUGUCACAUCAUAACAAGUAUGUGUACGACUUGGAAGUACAGUACAGUGAUCCAUUAACAAAUUCGGAGGCUGAAAAUAAAGAUGUAACAAUAAAAUUAGAAGCAGAUACUGAGAUAUUUAUAGAUGAACAUACAUUGGAAUGUGAUGGUAUUACGUCCGCUGAGGAGGAGAUGCUGAAGAAUAGAGAAGAGAAGAGGAAUCAGCCCAACUUCAAGAAGAUUCCAUACAAGUGUGAUUCCUGUGUUCUUGGUUUCACUCGGAGGGAGACCUAUGAAAUGCAUGUUGAGAAAAAACAUGGUGAGAGCGUCGGGCAGCACUGCUGCGGUGUGUGCGAAUGCCGUUUCCCCUCCGCGAAACUCCUUGAGCGACACACGAGGAAGCACUACGUGGUCCACCGCUGCCUCCUCUGCGACCACGUCAGCCUCGAGCUCUGGUCCGCGGUGGGGCACUGCCGAGCGAAGCACAGCGGCGACAGCAGCGGCAGCAUACACUGUACACAGUGCACCGCCGUGUUCAGGUAUGCUAGCCCUCUGGUGUUUGGAAGAGUAUGCUCGCCCUCUGGUGUUUGGAAGAGUAAGCACUGCGUGGUCAACGGAUGCCUCUUCUGCGACCACGUCAGCCUCGAGCUCUGGUCCGCGGUGGGGCACUGCCGAGCGAAGCACAGCGGCGACAGCAGCGGCAGCAUACACUGUCCACAGUGCACCGCCGUGUUCAGGUAUGCUAGCCCUCUGGUGUUUGGAAGAGUAAGCACUGCGUGGUCAACCGCUGCCUCCUCUGCGACCACUUCAGACUCGAGCUCUGGUCCGCGGUGGGGCACUGCCGAGCGAAGCACAGCGGCGACAGCAGCGGCAGCAUACACUGUCCACAGUGCACCGCCGUGUUCAGGUAUGCUAGCCCGCUGGUGUUUGGAAGAUAAGCACUGCGUGGUCAACGGAUGCCUCUUCUGUGACCACGACAACCUCGAGCUCUGGUCCGCGGUGGGGCACUGCCGAGCGAAGCACAGCGGCGACAGCAGCGGCAGCAUACACUGUCCCCAGUGCACCGCCGUGUUCAGACUCGAGCUCUGGUCCGCGGUGGGGCACUGCCGAGCGAAGCACAACGGUGACAGCAGCGGCAGCAUACACUGUCCACAGUGCACCGCCGUGUUCAGACUCGAGCUCUGGUCCGCGGUGGGGCACUGCCGAGCGAAGCACAGCGGUGACAGCAGCGGCAGCAUACACUGUCCACAGUGCACCGCCGUGUUCAGACUCGAGCUCUGGUCCGCGGUGGGGCACUGCCGAGCGAAGCACAGCGGUGACAGCAGCGGCAGCAUACACUGUCCACAGUGCACCGCCGUGUUCAGACUCGAGCUCUGGUCCGCGGUGGGGCACUGCCGAGCGAAGCACAGCGGUGACAGCAGCGGCAGCAUACACUGUCCACAGUGCACCGCCGUGUUCAGACUCGAGCUCUGGUCCGCGGUGGGGCACUGCCGAGCGAAGCACAGCGGUGACAGCAGCGGCAGCAUACACUGUCCCCAGUGCACCGCCGUGUUCAGGACUCCACAAGCACUGUCCGACCACAUCAAAUCGCAGCACACGCUACGCUGCAACGUAUGCGGCGACGAGUUCAAGGGAAAGCACACACUGAGGACGCACAAGAUGCGCAUACACGGCGCGCGCCGCGACUUCGCCUGCGACGCGUGCGGGAAGACCUUCAAGACGAAGUCGCGCCUAGAGUCGCACGUGGCCGGUCACAACGCGGCGCUCGCCAAGAAGCUAGCCUUCUGCGCCGUCUGCAACGUCCAGUACAAGAACAUAUACGUGUACAGGAACCACCUGAAGAACAGCGCCAACCAUUCGGAGCGAUCUUACGAAUGCAAAGAGUGCGGCAAAAAGUUCGCCUCUAAGGUGUAUUGGAGGAAGCACUGCGAGUUCUACCACCAGCACAAGUCCCAGUACAAAUGCGAAAUAUGUAAUAAGCUCUUCAUAUCAGAUUGGAGGCUGAAGAACCACGGGCAGACUCACCACGGCCUCGGCAGGUCCAGGAACCACGUUUGCAACGUAUGCGGAAAGAAGUUCUUUACCCUCUCCACGCUGAGGGGCCACCAGCUGACCCAUUCGGAGCAGCGCAGCUACAUGUGCGAGGACUGCGGCGACACUUUCAAGCAGAGGCCCGCCCUAUACACGCACGCGCGGCUCGUCCACCGCGGCGGCAAGCGGAAGAAA